AUGAAUAUCAUCAAAAAGUAUCCGCAUGAUCCCGAACAUUUGCUCGGCCUACCGAGCGCCAAAUCGGCCCUGAGACCUGGGGAAUGCCAGUCAUCGUUCUUCCCGGCGACCCACAUUCUAGUAAAGCCACCCAGGGUGGAUACCUUCACCACCCAGUGGGGUGGUCGGAAGCGAGCCCGAAGCGAGCCCGAAUCUGUCAUGGCUGCCACGGAUCUCAUCACUAAGGAUCCCCAGAAGAGCAGCGUUCGUGCAUCAUGCAGUUUGCCACCCAAACAGGCCGGAAAGCCGGAAACCAUCAUCACGAGGCACAAUGAGAACCCCAUUGCGUGGCACGCCACUGAUAUCACUCUUGGCCAGAAGGUCUGGGUCCUUGCAAAAGACUGGCCGGCACUCCCGGAAACCAUGGAUGAGCCGACAAAAUCGGUAGAAGCGAACCCCCGCUUCCCCAGAUUCCUGCUUUCGCAGGCUGUCGCAUGGUCUAACACGGAGUUGACCGACGGCCGCCAAAGGCAACUCCUCAGCGCGGGCAGAUCAACGAGUCAUCAAAUCCCUGUUUAG